CGGAAGCCGGAGUUAUAAAGCGAAGGAAGCCGAAAGCUCCGCUGGCUUUUCUUUUCCCCUUCCUUCCACAGCCCCCUUCCAGCCUAAGCUAGAGCCAGUGGGCCUCCGGCCUAGCAGAGCUUUCGCCAUGGCCCUCAGCGAUGCUGACAUGCAAAAGCAGAUUAAGCAUAUGAUGGCUUUUAUUGAACAAGAAGCCAAUGAGAAAGCAGAGGAAAUAGAUGCGAAGGCAGAGGAAGAGUUCAACAUUGAGAAAGGUCAUCUUGUGCAAACCCAAAGACUGAAGAUUAUGGAAUACUACGAGAAGAAAGAAAAGCAGAUUGAGCAGCAGAAGAAAAUUCAGAUGUCUACUUUGAUGAAUCAAGCAAGGCUAAAAGUCCUCAGAGCAAGAGAUGACCUUAUUACAGACCUACUAAAUGAAGCAAAACAGAGACUCAGCAAAGUGGUAAAAGAUACAACCAGGUACCAGGUGCUGUUGGAUGGACUGGUCCUUCAGGGUUUGUACCAACUGUUAGAGCCUCGAAUGAUUGUUCGUUGCAGGAAGCAGGAUUUCCCUCUGGUAAAGGCUGCAGUGCAAAAAGCGAUGCCUAUGUACAAAAUUGCCACCAAAAAAGAUGUUGAUGUCCAAAUUGAUCAGGAGGCCUACCUGCCUGAGGAAAUAGCUGGUGGAGUUGAGAUCUAUAAUGGGGAUCAUAAAAUAAAAGUUUCCAAUACCCUAGAAAGCCGGCUGGAUCUCAUAGCCCAGCAGAUGAUGCCAGAAGUACGGGGAGCCUUAUUCGGUGCAAAUGCCAACAGGAAGUUUUUGGACUAA